AUGACAGUCAGAUCCAGACAGGUUGAGAAAGAUGGUAAGCCUAUCUGAACCAUUGUCCCGGUUCACCUAACUGUAAAUUGGUACCUGGGCGAGACACUCUUUACACCUGUUGUCCCUGUUCACCUAGCACACAUGUGACACAAGAAACACAAUGUUGUCUGAGGCACAACAGAAAUAAUGCAACACAAACUGCAACUAUACGAGGAAAACAAUUUUGGUUUGCUGUGAGGGAAGCGAGUGCCAGUUACAUCAUUGCUGAAGAUUAGUUCCAGUGUGACAGCACCAGGAAGGCUGCCAUGGGUGCCAUUAUUAACAAACCUGGCACAGCAAGGAACAGUAUGACUGAGGAUGAGCCAGGAGCAGAGAGUGCCAGUGGUAGUGCUAGUGGAUCACCCACAUCCAGCUCACUGGUGGCACUGGCCACUCAGGCAUUCCUCGAGUUAGGAGCACCCUCUUUCAUCCACGUCAACCUGGACGCUGUCGUCAACAACAUAAACGUCCUAAAGUCCCUCUCAGGACCCAAUACUGAUAUUACGUGGCAGAUGUGUACGAAGGCAGGUUUCUCCAUCAGGUAUUAUGGGCGUGGUGAAGGGAGGAGCAUACGGUUCCGGUCUGAUGAAGGUGGUCGAUGUUCUUCUUCAGGAGGGUGUCCAGGAGCUAGCUGUAGCCACCGUGGCUGAGGGAGUCUACCUCAGGAAACACGGUGUUAACGUUCCCAUCACUAUCCUGGGUAACUUGCUGGCGUGUGAGGUAGAGGCUGUGACCUCACACACUCUCACACCUUCCAUCAGUUGGGCUACAGCUCUCGUCUCUCAACCCAAACAUAAACUGCUCUACCCGGUCAGUGAGGCUCUACCUG